GGCGUGGGGGUGGGCAUGCUGGGUCCGCCCUUCUCUCGCCUGUUGCGGCUGUCGCCCGUGAGGAACAACUUGACGGGCGUGUUGUCGUCUCUAGGCCGCCUGCAGGAGGACCUCGUUCCCGGCCAGAGGGGCACGGAGAUGAACAUACCAGUGAGUGAAGCCCUGGACGCUGUGGUGGCCGAUGCUGCCUCCUUCACCCCCGCCUCACACCAGCCCCUACAGCUGGUCGUGAUCACCUGGAGUCCGGUGCACCUACUGACGGAGACCUUCAGGCUGGUGCUCAAUCACGCCCACGCCCGCUACCUGAGUGCUGUUCACGUGGCUGGCGUGAAGAGCUUGCUGCGGCGAGGUACUCUACUACAGGAGGAGGAGGAGGACACCUUUCCCGCCGGCGACGCUGCUGGGGGAGUGUGGGUCACGGCCGCCACCUACCCGCCUGAUCCCUACACCUUUACUGGGCUCUUUAAAUCGUGGCUCAGCGAGACGAAGGGUAAAGAUCCCCAUAUCCACGUGAAGUUUCCUGCAGAAGGCGACGACAAGAAUCCAUUCACCUUGUUGUUUGACGUAGAGGAGUUGAUGGUAGACCCCGUAUGCCUGCCCAGCACCAUCGCCUCUCGACUCUCACUCCACCACAACCUACUACGCACCGUCUCCACCACACAAGGCAACACGAUACCGGUAGUGGAGCUGGAGGUGAUGAGGCGAGUGAAGUGCCCCAGUCUGGCCACCACGAUCUUCGGCCAGUCCUUCUACCUCGUCCCUACUGGCGCCACCUCCCUCUCCUUCACCGAUAUAUGGGAGAACAAACAGUGUGUGGCGGCCAUCUCAGAGCAGCUAGCAGCGUGGGAUGAAGGACUGUUAGCCAGGGCGACGGGUGCUCCUGGUGCCCUCACGCCCCUGGUGGCCAUCCUCGCUGCCCCGCACUGCUCAGCACUGUCGCUGGUCCACGUGUCACCGGCGGAGUUGUUGCUGGCGGAGCGUCAUCUGGACACCCACCAUCAGGAGGUCCCCGAUAAGGUGAGAAGGGAGAUGGAACAGAGGUUGGAGUCACUUGACGUGUCAGACCUGAGGCUGGUAGAUAUGGCCACGAACCUUAUCCCAGUACUUAUCCAACAUUUCACCAAAAGCCCCAGGGGAGGCGGACGAGUGGCUCAGCAAAACACCACCAUCGCUCAUGUGCCUCAUCAAGAACCGACGAGGAACGCCCGCCCACUACCCCAACAUCCAGCAUUUAUGGACGACGAUUUUCAGCCUGACUCCCACCCAAUGGGUCGUGGCCAGAAGACAGGCGGACGUCGAAGUCGAAGUAACCAAGGUCGACGGUUUUUGAGGGCCCACAAGAUCAACACUUCGGGGAACUAUUAUUAGCUCAGUUUAUUUGUACGUAAUUGCUUUUGUUGUGAAAUAUUCCAUUAUUACGUCAUAUGCUUCGUAUUUUCACCCUUUUUUCACUCUUCAGAUACUUUUGAUUUAUUAAUACAAAAAUUUAAACCAGUGUAAAAAGUAAUUGUCUUUAUACAAUUUUUCUUUGUUGAAUUUAAUCAUGAAGACCGUAGCUUUUGUAAACUAGUUUGUGGCUGUAGACGAAGGCGUACAGUAAUUUCUUUUUAUUUACAACGGAAGAGUAAACGUGUAUUCGUAUUUUGAUUACAGUUGCUGGUCUAUUUA